CCAGACUUGCUCCAGACUAAGUAGCUCCAAAGAAAUGGCUCUGUCCAUCAUUGCUCGUUCUUCCAUUGUGCGUCAGCAGGCUUUAGCCCGUGCGCGAUCCCUUCACACCACCUCCUCAUUGCGGUCCGACCAUGGUCACUAUCACCACCUUCCCUUCGACCUUCCUGGAAAUAAUAGCAAGAAGAAGGCAACUUUUGGUUUGAAAAUGGGGCUGUACCUUGCCGUUGGCUUCGCCAUUCCUUUCGGUGCUAGUUACCUCCAACUGAAGAAAAGCAGCGGCGCGGCCUGAGCUUAGAAGUUUUCUGCCAAUCUUUUUUUUCAUAGAUUUGGUUCUACUAUCAUUAUCUGGUUCCCAUCA